AUGAAGAACUUUAGUGCUAUCACUGAAUUCAUCCUCCUUGGGCUGUGUGCUGAUAUCCAGGUCCAAGCUGUACUCUUUGUACUCUUCCUUGUGAUUUACCUCCUGACCCUCACAGGAAACUUAAUGAUACUGUUGGUAGUGAUGGCUGAUGUUAACCUCAAUUCACCGAUGUACCUCUUCCUGGGUCACCUCUCUUUCCUGGAUGUCUGGUAUUCAACAGUUUCUUUGCCCAAGAUGCUGGAAAACUUCAUGUCUAAUACAAAAACAAUCUCUGUGGAGGGCUGCUUAGCCCAGGCCUUCUUCAUAUUUGUCACUGGGGGCACCGAGGCCUGCCUGCUGGCUGUCAUGGCCUAUGAUCGUUAUGCUGCCAUUUGCCAUCCUCUGCUCUACAGCCAGAUGAUGAACAAUCAGCUCUGUAAGAAUCUUGUGUGGGGUUCCUGGGGCUUUGCCUUCCUCAAUGCCCUCAUCAACACACUUCCAGCUGUGAAUGUGGACUUCUGUGAGUAUAGAACCAUCCCUCACUACAACUGUGAGCUCCCUUCUGUCUUCCUUCUCUCCUGCUCUAAUGUCUCCACCAACAUCACUCUCAUGUUCUGGUCUUUUGUCAUACAUGCUUUUGGAACAUUUGUCGCAAUUUUAUCCUCCUAUGUCUGCAUUGUCUCUACCAUCCUGAGCAUCAGUUCUACCACAGGCAGAAGCAAGGCCUUCUCCACUUGCUCCUCUCACCUCACUACUGUGAUCUCAUAUUUUGGUUCAGCAUGCUUACGCUAUCUCAUGCCAGCCUCAGGUUCUCCCUUGGAGUUAAUCUUCUCCUUGCAGUACAGUGUGAUCACUCCCAUGCUGAAUCCCUUCAUCUACAGCCUAAAGAACAAGGAGGUACAGACAGCUGUAAGAAAACUAUUUGGAGAAUACUGUCAGCGUUCUAAGUAA